AUGCUGAGUUUCACCAGGAUAAGAACUCAGCAGAGGUCCAAUAGAUCCAUUUCUUUAGGCGCAAUGGAUUAUGCAGACCCCAAGAAGAAGAACAAUUUGCUCGGCAAAAUCAUGAUGGUUUCAGCUCUUACUGCAUUAUGCAUUCUUAUGCUCAAGCAAUCUCCAAAUUUCAACACCCCAAGCCAAUUCUCGAGUCAUGAACCGGGUGUGACUCACGUUUUAGUAACCGGAGGUGCCGGUUACAUUGGCUCACAUGCUGCAUUACGGCUUCUUAAGGAAUCCUAUCGCGUGACAAUAGUGGAUAAUCUCUCUCGUGGAAAUCUCGGUGCAAUUAAUGUUCUGCAAAAGCUGUUCCCUGAACCUGGGAGGCUUCAGUUUAUUUAUGCUGAUCUUGGUGAUGCAAAAAGGGUGAACAGAAUCUUCUCAGACAAUGCAUUUGAUGCGGUUAUGCAUUUUGCUGCUGUAGCUUAUGUUGGGGAGAGUACACUUGAUCCUCUCAAAUAUUAUCACAAUAUCACGUCAAACACACUUGUCGUGUUGGAAGCUAUGGCAGCACAUGGAGUGAAUAUUUUAAUUUAUUCAAGUACAUGCGCUACUUACGGCGAACCUGAAAAGAUGCCCAUUACAGAAGAAACACUGCAACUUCCCAUAAAUCCAUACGGGAAGGCGAAGAAAAUGGCAGAGGAUAUCGUUCUGGAUUUUCACAAAAAUUCUGAUAUGGCUGUCAUGAUUUUAAGAUACUUUAAUGUGAUCGGUUCUGAUCCCGAGGGAAGGCUCGGUGAAGCCCCUCGGCCCGAAUUACGCGAACAUGGACGAAUAUCAGGUGCUUGUUUCGAUGCGGCUCGUGGGAUUAUUCCUGGGCUUAAGGUUAGAGGAACCGAUUACAAGACUCCAGACGGGACAUGCGUACGGGAUUAUAUUGACGUUACUGAUCUGGUCGAAGCUCACGUUAAAGCUCUGGAGAAAGCAAAACCCGGGCAGCUUGGCAUUUAUAACGUCGGUACAGGAAAAGGAAGAUCAGUGAAGGAGUUUGUAGAGGCUUGCAAGAAAGCAACUGGGAUGGCUUUAAAAGUCGAUUUUCUUCCCAGGCGAGCUGGGGACUAUGCUGAAGUAUACAGUGACCCAACCAAAAUCAAGAACGAACUAAAUUGGACUGCAAAAUACACUAACCUUCAGCAAAGUCUACAGAUUGCGUGGAGAUGGCAAAAGGCACAUCUUAACGGUUACGAAACAACCCCUCUGUUAACGUCAGCGUAA